AUGGGCAAACGAACCGUGUUACUCGUGCUCGCGAAUCUUUUGGUUCCGGUCGCGAUUUUGAUCUUUGCAACUGGGUUCUUCCCGUACAAGCCUUUUAUGCCAGGGCUGGCAGAAUAUGAGGAAACAGAAUGGACAGGAAUCGAUGUGGGAGUAUCGCGAGACCCCCCAAAGGCCCCGUUUGACAAGCUGGUAUUCAUGGUGGUGGAUGCCCUGAGGAGCGACUUUGUCUACAGCGCGGAGAGUGGCAUGAGCUUUGUGCAGAGCCUCAUCCGUGAAGGCACAGCGCUACCCUUCACAGCCCAUGCUACGUCCCCCACCAUCACCAUGCCGCGCGUAAAAGCCAUCACCACGGGCUCUAUACCUUCCUUCCUUGACGUGAUCCUCAAUUUUGCCGAAUCAGACACUACCUCUACACUCGCAGCACAAGACACCUGGCUAGCGCAGAUUAAAGCCAAACGUUUUGAAGACAAGCAGGGGAAACUGGUCAUGUAUGGCGACGAUACGUGGUUGAAGCUUUUUCCAGACUUCUUUGAGCGAGCAGACGGGACGAGCAGUUUCUUUGUUUCGGACUUCACCGAAGUGGACAACAACGUGACGAGGCAUGUUCCUAACGAGCUGAUGAACAGCGACUGGGAUGCAAUGAUUAUGCACUACCUGGGACUGGAUCAUAUUGGGCACAAGGCUGGUCCGAAGAGUCCGAAUAUGAUUCCAAAACAAAAGGAAAUGGACGACAUUGUCCGCACAAUUUACGGCGCUAUCGAGAACGAGGACCACCUGGCUAACACACUAUUCGUACUCUGCGGCGAUCAUGGUAUGAAUGAUGGUGGUAACCAUGGCGGAUCGUCGCCUGGCGAGACAUCGCCUGCGCUUGUUUUUAUGAGCCCCAAGCUGUCCAAAGUUACAAAACUUAGCGACCGACUAGCAUGGAGGAGGGGCCCCGGUUUUAGAAGCCCGAUUAUGCCGGAUACAGAGGGCGAGUUCAAUUACUACAUGACUGUCGAGCAAAGUGACAUUGCGCCGACUCUAGCAGGCCUGCUCGGUUUUCCCGUACCGAGGAACAAUCUGGGUGUAUUCUUGCAGGAUUUCCUUUCCUUGUGGGAUGCAGAAUGGGACCGCAUUCAGCUCCUCUACAGAAACGCCAGACAGAUGAAGAGGAUUGUCGAAGCUACGUACACAAGCCCAAGCCUCAAAGAGAGUUUUGAGGAUGAGGCUUUACCAGUCAAAGAGGGCCAGGAGCGUUGUGAUCAACCCGAUAUGACACCCGGCCAACUCCUCGCCUGUCGUUGGCAGGGCGUUGUCAGGAGCAUGGCUAACGACGAAUACAAAAUAGCAUCGUGGCACCUUGUCAACUUCAUGCGCGAUUCUCAGGACACCAUGUCUAGCGCAGCAUCCAACUACGAUGUUACCCGAUUAGUUCUCGGCACUGCUCUCGCCUUCCUUAUCUGCGUAUUGGGUCUCUUCACGCUUCCAUCACUACGACCUGUGUCGUCCGCUGUCAUUUACUACUUCCUCACCACCACACUGUACGCUAUACUUAUGUUUGCAACCUCGUACGUUGAGGAAGAGCACAACUUCUGGUACUGGAUUACGUCGGGGUGGUUUUUCUACCUGUUCCUCAAUAGCAUGCGGAAACGACAGACCAGUGCAUGGGCAUUCCAUCCCGCUCUCAUGGUGUUGAUCAUCCAUAGAGUGGUUAGGAGGUGGAACCAAACAGGACAGAAAUUCGCUGGAGCGGACGAUAUCGUAAACAGUGGUGUCUUCCAUGGCAACAGCUCCUUCCUGCUGUGGAUAUUAGUCGGCGCCACGUACCUGGAUGUCACGAAUCGCGUCUCGAAACACAUCGCCCGCUCUGUUGUCACGCUGGGUUCGCCUUUUUACAGAAAGAAUCCAGAUCCUCAACCCCUAGAGCAUCACCGCAUGAUGGGCGCCCUUGUUGCUUUACCAAUCUGCGGCACAGCGUUUGUCUUCAAGCUCGCAUUCACUGCGCAAGAUGCUCCUGAACUCACCUAUGGCAUCACACCCGGUCUGAUGGCCUGGGUCGAAACUUUUAACCUUGUUAGACUUGCACAAAUGGUGUUCGUAGGUCUUGCACUCAGCUUUGCUUGGGUCUUGUACGCAGAAUAUCAGCGCUCAGCACGCCGAGCGUAUCGCUCAGUUAACGGUCACGGUGAUCUAGCAGUGGCCUUCUUCGACCUAGGCACACUAUUCCUUCUCACGCAAACGAAAGCUCAAAACAUACCUCUGUACUUGCUCUUCCGCCUCCAAUUCUUCUUUCUCUCGCUCCUAAAUCUCACCUCAACCCAGGCUACUUUGACCUCCCUCCUCUUGAGCCAAACAUCCUUCUUCGCCCUCGGCCUCAACAACAGCAUAUCCAGCAUCGACCUAUCCAACGCAUACAACGGCGUCAGCGGGUACAACGUCCUCGGCGUCGGCCUCUUGGUCUUCCUGUCCAACUGGGCAGGGCCCGUGUACUGGAGUAUCGCCGGCGUUUUGCUACUGCGCCUAGACGGCCUACCACGCAGCAAGCAAGACAACAGCAAGCGAGCCAAAAGCGAAAAGCGGAGUUGGGUUGAGCGAGAACACGCACACCUUUCGCAGCUUGCGCGUCCGCAAACCGAUGAACGGAUGGCACAAUGCGGGAAAGAGGAUGUCUGGAUGGAUCAUGUGGCGUUGUUGACGCUGUUCACGGGCGUUAUGCUCGCGAGUGUUAUGGCGGCUUGUACGGCGCUGAGAACGCAUUUGUUCAUCUGGACCGUGUUUAGUCCCAAGUAUCUGUUCGCCAUGGCGUGGGGGACUGCGUGGCAUCUUGGGGUGACGGUCGGACUGGGCGGGUUCGUGUGGUGGUUAGGCAGCUGGUGA